GAACAUGGAAGUUCGACUUUACUAGCGUGAUGUUUGCUUCAUUAGGAGCUAAGAGCACUAAGAGCACACCAAUUUCAUUAAGAUACUUCUUUCGUGAUGAAGCCUAAACAUCGGAAAUUCAAAUCACCAUAUAUACAGCAAGAUAUCUCAAACAUAACUCACUACGAUGUUGAGGAGAACAAAGACUACGAAUCACCUAAACAACCAUACCGAAAGCCGGCAUAUCCAUAUCGAAAGUUAGAGGGGACAGAUAUUCGGCUGCUCUCCAUCGUACCAGCAACUGACCACAUUUUACCAGGCACUGACCACAUUGAAUGCCUUCUUCACCAGAUACCUCUCGAAGAAGUCGCACCGCGUCCUUUCAGUGCCCUGUCUUAUGUAUGGGGCGAUGUGACAGAUAAGAGGACCAUUUUAUUAGAAGGUGAACGAUUUCAAGUCACGAGAAAUUUGUUUAUAGCUCUCGGCGGAAUCAGAGAGGGCCCCGAAGAUCUUUAUCUCCCCGGUGACUAUUACUGGAUCGAUGCCAUCUGCAUCAACCAAGAAGAUGCAGAGGAAAGGUCUCAACAAAUACAACGUAUGUCUGAUAUAUAUCGCAUAGGCUGUAGCGUCAUUUGGCUUGGGCCUACACACGAAAUAUCUAUGAAGGGCUCAUCCAAGUCUCAAAUAUCGUAUGACGAAGCAAUCGAGAUCUUAUUCAAGAAAGUUAGUUUGAUGUGGACAGGAUGGGAUCCUGUGGAUGACAAUGGCAACUUGAUUAUAAACGAAACAUUCGGUCACGCUUACAGGGCAGUCAUGAAUGUGAUAGACGACAUAUUACAUCGGCCGUGGUUUGAGAGGCUAUGGACGAUUCAAGAGGCCUGUCUACAUAAAAUGCCGGUUGUUUUUGUUGGAAAUUACGGCAUAUGCCUAGAUGAUCUUAUAGAAUUCUUUUCAUACUUCGUCAAGAAGAACAAAAACCUUUACACCACCCCGGGAAUGGUGAGAAUGACUGCCAUAGCGAGGAUCCAUACAUUAUAUCUAAGAGCCCAUGAGGGACAAGUCGGCAAUUCAAGGAGAUUGGGAAUAGGGGAGGUCUUUUCUCAAAUACUCACGGCUUCCUUCAUUAAAAAAUCUACGGAUCCCCGGGAUCAAAUCUACGGUCUACUAGGUAUACUCAGGGAUAUCACAGGAGAAGAACUUCCGGACGAGUUAUUGCCGAACUACCAUAUGACCUAUACCGAGACGUAUUGGGCCUAUACUGCAUUCUUACUUCAGUCAGCCGGAGACUUGAAAUUGCUUGACUGUAGGCGCAAUGACCUCCAAGGUGUACCCUCCUGGGUCACUGACUUCCGUUCCACAUGCCGGGGUGAACCGGUAUUCGUGCCAUCCGUAUAUGUGUCACCUGACAAAAGGAUUCUACAUCUACAGGGUUGCAUAUUAGGGACAUUCCGCAGUGUCAUCCAUGCACUUGACAAGGAAACUGUAGUGCCACGCCGUGAGAAAAUACCGGUUGAGUUGACGAACGGCCUAAAGGCUUUCGAGAAGCACAUCUUUGAACCCUCAGCAUCCAUAAGAGGAAUAACAAUCAAAGAGACUUUAAACAGUAUGAUGGAGAAUGCGAGCAGGUAUACUGACGUAGAGAGCGCUGAAUUAUUAUACGAGGUCUACAGCAGUCUGCGUGAUUCGCCUAGGCGUAGAAGAUCACGAACCGCAAAGAAAAAAUGGACGAAAAAAAGAGGCAUGAUAGAGGUCUCAAUUGUCGCCCAGUUUCUAAUGCAUUAUAUAUUACUCCACGAUGGUACAAUUCUUUGCGCCCAUAGAAAGGAUAUUGAGGUGAGAACCGGCGAUCUAAUAUGCCUGUUUAAGGGGUAUGACGAACCUGGCAUAUUGCGUGCCUCCGGCGAGAAUUUUACCUUCCUAGGCCUGUGUAAUGUAGAAGGCGGACCUCUUCAGAAAAAGAUAUCAGACGCCGAUUUCUGGGCUAGUGCGCAAAUAGAGGAUAUUAAAUUAAUCUAGGAAACUGAUAGGGAGAAAUGCGUGGGAAUAUAAUAUUUAUAAUCCGAGGCGUGCUGCUCUCUCAAGUACUGUCGCUACAACUGUCAGAGAUACCCCUUGAUGGAUGUCAUACGUAGAGUGA